GACGCUCGGCGUUUUCAGUUUUCAGUGCUCAGUUCUCGAUUCUCAGUUCCAGUUCUCAGAAAUCGCAAUAGUUUUUCAGUGUCUGAGCGUUCAGCGCAGUGGCUGCUUCACCUUCUCGAUUUGCUCUGCUCCGGCUCGUCGACGGAAACAGGUUCCACCCCUCGGUCAUUCCUGUCCAGCAACUACAGCAGCACCAACAGCAGAAGCUGGAACAGCUGAUCAGCAGCCCCAAAAGCGCCAGGAAGAAGGAGAGCCAGCAGAAGCAGGAGCCCCAUCCUCGCAGAGCAAAGCCCCUAAUCAAAUUUCAGGCAGCUACAGCAGCUCAAUCGACGACGACGACGACGACCACUACGACGAGGAGGAUCAAGUAGGAACAUUACCCUUGCCCUCGAUCACCAAAAGGACACCCAAUCUCCUGCCCCCCCUCCGCCCACAACCACCCCGCUCCACAUCUUCGCCCUACGCAGACGACUUGUGCACUUGCUGCAACUGUGCGUACUCCAGCGCCUCCUCCUCCUCCGCCUCGUCCACAUCCUCAUCAUCCAACUCGAGUACCACAGCAUCUGCAUCCGCAUCCGCCGUUGCCAAGCAGCUAGCCCGAUCCGUGACCGCCACCAGCAUCAUGGACAUGCCGUACAACACCUCGCCGUCUCUACGCGUGCGCACCACCUCGCUGAAUCAGCUGAAGAAGACGGCCGAUCUGGCCAUCGAGAAUGAGCUGCACGUUUGCCCGUCGGUGAUGUCCGAGGAGCUGCGCAAGCUGCUCCCGCCCACCUCGGAAACGGUGAUGACCAAGCCCUUCCCCAUCCGCGGCGAGCGCACCAUCGCCGACUGCACCACGCCGCAUGUGAUCGCCAUGGUGGGCCUGCCGGCGCGCGGAAAGACCUUCAUUUCCAAGAAGCUGGCGCGCUACCUCAACUGGAUCGGGAUCGCAACGCGUGUAUUCAAUCUGGGCGAGUACCGGCGGCAUGCGACCACCGCCUACAAGUCGCACGAGUUCUUCCGCGCCGACAACGAGGAGGCGAUGGCCAUCCGCAACAGGUGCGCCAAUCAGGCACUCCACGACUCCUGUGAGUGGCUGCUGAGCGGCCAGGGCAGCAUCGCUGUUUUCGAUGCUACCAACUCGACGCGCGACCGCCGCCAGCUGAUCCACGACAUUGUGGUGAAGCAGCACGGCUUUCGCCUGUUCUUCGUCGAGUCGAUCUGCGACGAUCCGCAGAUCAUCGAGCAGAACAUUCUGGAGGUCAAGGUCAGCUCGCCGGACUACCUGAAUAUGAACACCGAGCUGGUCGUGCGGGACUUCCUGCAGCGCAUCGAGCACUACGAGGAACGCUACCAGCCCAUCGACGAGGUCACCGAGGCCCACCUCAGCUUCAUGAAGGUAUACAAUGCCGGCAAGAAGGUUGUCGUCUAUAACAACGAGGGCCACGUAGAGUCACGCAUCGUCUACUACCUGAUGAACAUUCACAUAACGCCGCGCACCAUCUACCUGACGCGCCACGGCGAGAGCGAGCACAAUCUGAGCGGUCUGAUUGGCGGCGACUCGAAUCUUAGCGCCCGCGGGCAUCAGUAUGCGAACGCCCUGUCGACGUUCAUUGCCCAGCAGCAGAUCGACGGACUGCGUGUGUGGACGUCGUGGAUGAAGCGAGCCAUCCAGACGGUGGCCGAUGUGAAGGCACCGCAGGAGCGCUGGAAGGCCCUCAACGAGAUCGACGCCGGCCACUGCGAGGAGAUGACGUACGAGCAGAUCAAGGAGAAGUUCCCCGAGGAGUUCAAGGCGCGCGACGUGAACAAGUUCGCCUAUCGCUACCCCCGCGGCGAGAGCUACGAGGACCUGGUGGCCCGACUGGAGCCGGUCAUCAUGGAGCUGGAGCGACAGGGCAAUGUGCUGGUCGUGUCGCACCAGGCGGUGCUACGCUGCCUUUUUGCCUACUUCCUGGACAAGUCUGCCGACGAGCUGCCCUACCUGUAUGUCCCGUUGCACACGGUCAUCAAGCUGACGCCGGUGGCCUACGGCUGCAAGGUGGAGCACAUCAAGUUGCCCAUCGAUGCGGUGGACACGCACCGCCCGAAGCCCAAGAUCCCCGGCGAUGUGAGCGAGCCCGGACUCGACGGACUCAGCGGCGAGCUGGUGGCACCCGAUGGCGUCGGCAAGGUGCUCAUUGUGGGCGACGAUGUGGCGACGGCCACGAACGGCAAUGGCGGACGCGUCGAUGUCCAGGCGCACCAAUGACGGCUUCGCCUGCGCCCCGUGCACCCACAUCCACCUUCGAAAUCCAAGACAAUCUAAGCACGGCUGCUGGAACGGCUACGGCUGCCCCACAUGCACUUGACACCACCCCCUUUAAGUCCCUGAUCCCACAACCAAUUCCCCCCAAUCGCAUCCCGAAAAGCCCAAUGAAGACAGACAAAGAUACGGACAUGGUAAUGCCAUGCCUGAGUAACAAUGACAACUGCUCCUGCUGCCAGGAUGUGGUGGCGCUUCUACUUAAUGUGGCAUCGGAGGACUGCAUAUGAAAUUGUGAUUGAUACAUUGCGCUGUUUUAUUAUGUACUUUAAUGAACGAUUAAAUACUUUACAAAUGUUUAAGAACAUCUGCAUUGAUACAAAAAAAAAAAACAAAAUAUAUUCAGACUUAAAUACCUAGAUUUACAUACUAUAUGUACAUUACUUAAUUGGAUGUAAUUAGUUACCCUCGCCACCCACGCAAGCGGUGGGCAUCUCCUCCUUGUGUUGAGAAACCUGUUCCACUGUAAUUCCCAAACCCCGAAAUAUGUUUUUAUCUGCUUCGUUGUCCAUUUUUAUACCAGUAGUUUUGAGCGAAACUUGCAGCUACACGAGAGGAUAAACUCACGGAUUCCAUUCGAAAUCGAAAUCACUUGCCCGACACACUUCUAGCCUAUGUUUAUGUUUGCUCAGUUGUAUGUUUGUGUGGAAUAAAUACUGUAACUACAUAAAUGCUACCACUCCGAGUCAAAAAUAAAUACCAAUUUACCGAAAACCCAUGCAAAAA